UGCGACCAGGGAGGGUUAGCUCGGCGACAGACGAUCACCACACUAAGAUGCCCUAGGCCGGUCUUUGACAAAGAUGAUAUCGGAAAUCGGCAAGGAUGACGAAAACCGUGUUUGUGUUAUCUUGCGAGCGACAGCUGGACGGUCGGGCAAAAGGUGAUUCACAGCAGGUGCUGGGAGAAGACCUUCCUUUUAUCAAGGGAGCGUGGACGUCAAGAUUGAGAAAGUGCCGAAGAAGGGAAGUAGCCCGAGUCGAGGGACGGGGCGUUGGGUUGGCAAUGUCGAAGUAUGCGAGUAUGCGUGGUCGAGGGCAAGGAUCGAAAGAAGGAAGAGAGAGGAAAAAUCUGGAGAACAAUCUGGGGGAAGGAGAAUAUAAGAAUGAGCGCCGGAAUGGAGGGGCGAAGAAGAAUGAAACGGGAGCUCGGGGGAGGGGAGAAGAGGUUGACAGAGGGGGUUAUCGGAUCGGAGCAAGGAGGGAAAGGAAAAAAAAAAAAGAAAAAAGGAAAAAAGAAAAGAAAAAAAUUCAAAAGAGUUAUGGUACUUUGUGUGGGGAUGAAGAUAUUGGGGCAAAAAGUGUAAAAAAAAAAAAAAAAAGGACGAAAAAUUACCAAAUAAUAAUAGGAAAGAGGGGGGCGGAGAGAAAAAAGGGCAAAAAGGAAGAAUAAAAAAAGAACGUGCUCAAACCAGAUCGCCUGCUUUGCUUGGAGAUUGACCCGGCCCGGUUGAAGUGGGGGUAAGCAUCUUUCCACUCUUAUCUCAGGGCGUCGCAGUACGUAUUUGGUAUAAUAAACACUUCAAGUGGUAUUUGUGGAACAAUACUCUCUGCGAGCGCAAUUGAAAGCAUGUCUCACUGGUGAUGUCAACCUCUUGUCUAGUAACCUGCUCAAUUACAGCUCGAGGACGGAAGUGACUGCUAAGGUGGCUGAGAGAGCUGGAGCUGGAGUGCGUGUGCGUACUGUCAGGGUGGUACACGCGUUACAGAGCCAUACAAGCCGGCUAUCGCGGAAGAUCACACAAUCCUG